AAAGGCCAACCAACAUGUUAGCUAAUAACAGGACGUGACGUGAUCGCCACAUCUGCCAGUUAAUCGGGAGUCGCCGAUGGUGUAGGGAUACACUUGCCUUCCUUAAGUGCCGACACCGAGGGUUCGAUUCCCUUACAUAAAUGCCAACUUUCGUUUCCGUAAAGCCGCAGAAAAGAUCGUCUCUUUAACAGUGGCGUCACUCCUCCAGCAAUGUCGGAGCAGCUUUGUGUCGCUGUGAACGGCCCGGCUAGUAAGAGCUCUUCGUAGUUGAGUGCAUCUCAGGAGGCGUCACGUCUUAUACGUGAACAAGCAGAAACUCAAGCAGGGAAGGUAAGAAGAGCAAGGUUCUCAUCGAGGAUGGCGGAGCAGAACGUGGAAGCCAAACUGAAGAAUCUCUUGAAGCAAGAUAAGAUCCAACUGUGGAUGGCACCUUACACCCUCGACGCGCAGCAACCCGGACACACUCACACGCAGGAGCUGGCGGAGCGCUACGGUGCCCUGCUCCGCAUGCAGGUGUCAGAGGUCGCGGGCGCUCUGGAGGUCAUACGCGUGCAAGCGCUGAGGAGAGGUCAGCGGAACCAGACCUUCAGGGAAACCAAUAUGGCCACCGUAGAGUUGCUGCUGCCACGAGACUGCCACAAGGACAGCAAGUCAAAGAUGUUUAUGGAGACCAGGCUGGAUGUGUCUGCUCAGGAUCUGAUGGACAGGAUCGCCCAAGAAGUCGGCCUCAAAUCCUUCAAGGUGAUCCUGAAUGGGAAAACGUUGAAUGGCGGUUUGCGCCUGGACCAGCAGGGCGUUCGCAACCACAGUAAGAUGAUGGUCCUCAAGGUCAGCGCCGUCACUGCCACGGCCGCUGCUGGCCAGUCCACGUGUCAGGACGUCAACGACGCCUCGCAGUCCACCUCGCACGACCACAGCGUUCAGCGCACACACAGAGGCUUUGAGAUCCUGUCCGAGCGAGACGACAGCGACGACCUUCGGACCGCGCCAUUCUUGGAAGUCGCUGACCAGAAGGGAAACCCGCUCAAGAUCCCCCACAAAGAGAAGAAGGCGCUGAUCCUCGCCAUGGGCCUGCACGAGAAGGGACGGGCCCUCAUGAAGCGGAAACGCUACGACGACGCACUCUGUCACCUCCUGCAGGCUGACCUCCACUUCAGCGAGUGCGGCUCCGAGCUUCUGGGCGCAGUCGACAACCACGGCGUGCUGCAGUUGGACAUCGUUUGGUGCUACCAAGCCUUGGAGGCCUUGUCGUGUCUGGACGACGGGCGGGAACGUCUGCGACUGGCCGAGGACUGCUUCCUCAGAUGUUACGGUGAGCAGCAGCAGAGGCUGCUCAUGAUCAAGGGCAACACGGGGCGCGAGGAGGCGCUGUUCCUGCGCCUGCACCUCCUGCAAAGCCUGCUGGCUUUCGUGGACGGUAACGACCUUCAAGCCCAGCAGCAACUCGAGCAAGUGGAGUCGCUGUACACACGCUUGUGUCCCGAUGCAGACAAAAUGACUCAGCUGAUGGUUCUGGGCUUCAGCGAGCGAGAAGCUCGACUGGGCCUGCGAGCGUGUCACGGCGACGUGCACGAGGCCGCCAUGCUCGUCAGCAACCAGAGACAGGAGAGGGAGGAGCUGAGGCAACGGGAGCGCCGCAAGCGCCAGCAGACUAAGGCCGCCUUGGCCGUCCUGGCCGAAGCAGGCUACGGCGCCAGGGAAGCCGCCGCCGCGCUACGGCGGGCUGAAGGAGACGUGGACCGAGCCUUCCAAAUCCUGCUGGACGCAAGCCAGACGCUCGCCACAUCCGAUUGGAACGCGGAUGAGAAUCUGCAGCAGUUGCUGUAUUUGGGCUUCGAGCGGUCGUCGUCAGAGGCAGCGUUGGCGUUGGCAGGCGGCGACGUCCAAUUGGCCACCGAGCUGCUGAUGGACAACCCGGGAGCCGUCUUCACGGCGACCUCGUCCCCCUGGGAGGAGGAGCCCGCCACCUCGUCCAGCUCCGCCGCAGACGACAGCCAGCUGGUGAACGAGGUUCUGGAGGACAUCCCGCGUCACGAGGACGACUACUUGGACCUGACACUGGAGGAGGAGCUGCAGCUCAUCAACACCAUCAAGACCCACCUGGCGCGAUCCCUGGCGCAUUGACCGCGCGGUCGGUGCCAAUUGAUCCCAUGACUAGGCUUAGUCUCCAUUAUAAAAGUCGGGGAAAGGAGAAUGUUUGAUUAAAAAGAAAAUCUAUUUUUAGAUGAAUUACUAGAUGUGCAUUUAAAAAGGACUGUCUCCCUCCUCUUGACACAAUUGGAGUCAAACAUCUUUCAUUUUUUAAAUGGGACCCCGGCAAAUGGACAGAUUGACGUUUUCACCGUGCGUGUAACGGGAAAUGAGAUGGCAGCGCACGCAGGACAGGAAACAAUGUCAGACUUUUAUUUUGGCAAAGGUGGCGGACUUCCUGGGCUCGGCCGUCCGGAGGAAGUUGACAUGAGGAAAAGAAUCAUUAAAAAAAAGUUUUCUCUUCA